UAGAGUGUGGUAAGAGAGGACAGGAAGAGAAAUAGAGAGAUAAAGAAAAGAAUGGCAUACUAACUGUACGUAUAGUGACCGGCCUCUAAUAAAACGGGAAGAAGAAGAAGAAGAAUUUUUGGACAGACAAGUUCUACUACAUCAAUACUACGCAGAAGAAAUGAAGGAAAGGACAAUAAUAAGAAAAAAUAACCAUGAAACAACGAAUUGCCAGCUUAUAGUGACCUGAAAUAAAAGAAAACGACCCCAAAUAAGAAGAUAUAACUAAAAAGAGGAAGCAUUUUGAAGUUAUUAGACAAUUAUAAGUGAAUGGCGUAGCAGAAAACACUAAUAAUAAAAAAACCCCAUAAAACAACGAAUUACCAGCUUAUAGUGACCUCAAUUAAAGGAAAAUAACCCCAAAAUAAGAGGAUAACUAAAAAAAGAAAGCAUUUAUAAACCCAACAGCAGACGACAGACAUUAUAGGAACCAGCAGGAGGGGAAAAAGUGGCCUCAAAAAUCGCCCUCCUGCGCCUUUUUACGCCAUUCUCCACACCUGUCCGGGCUUCCUGUGACCUCCAGCAAGCAGUGUGCAUUUCAGUGGACCUUGCUUACCCCAUUGGAGGUAAGCAUGGUCCCUCCUUAGAGAACAAUGAUCAACAAUACCUGAGAAGGAGCGCCAUCCAAGAUGUCUGAUUCUGAGUCUGAGCGCCCCUCCAGUGAAUGUUCCUGGGAGGGCGAGGCGACCACCAGCAGGGGGAGGCAGCUGACGAAGAAGAGGAAGGCCAUGUCCAGCAGCUCAGAGGGAGAGGAAGGAGAGGAGGAGGAGGAGGAGGAACAGGAGAAGCAGCAGCCUGUCAGUAGUCGAGGGGUCGGUGCUGAGUUUUCUGAAGGAGAGGAAGAGGAAGGUGCUGUGGGUCCUGUCCAGAAGGCAUCACCACCUGCUCUGAAUGAAGAUUCGUCAGCGUCUUCUUCUGAAGGUGACGACGAUGGAGACUCAGCGGACUCGGACAGCAGCAGUGAGGUGCCCGGGGCCGAGACCUGUGCCAUCUGUCUGGGCCGCAUGCGAGGGGAGGUUGGGUCUCCAGAGUCAUGUGAUCACACCUUCUGCCUCAUCUGCAUCCUGGAAUGGGCCAAGACCAACGCCUCGUGCCCUCAAGACCGCAAGGCAUUCAGCAAGGUGUUGGUGCGCGUGAGGUUGGGGGCGGAGGAUGUGGAGCGGGAGGUGGUGGUCCAGAAGGAGGAGUCGGAGGUGGUGCUGCUCCCAGAGGCGGACAACCCAACCUACUGUGAGGUGUGCCAUGAGUGUGACCGGGAGGAGCGGCUGCUGCUGUGUGAUGGCUGUGACCUCGGCUACCACCUGGAGUGCCUCGACCCCCCCCUGGUGCAGGUGCCCGUCGAGGAGUGGUUCUGCCCUGUCUGUGCCAGUGCCAACAUUCCCUCCAUGCAGGUCAGUGUCCAGCCAGUCCCUCAGGAAGGCGAGUCCAGCAGCACACGGAGGCGCCGCAUCAGGCAACAGUCUUCCUCACAGCGGCCGCGGCUCAUCCCCCGCACCCGGGCCACCGAGAGGGUCAGGGAGAGGGUCAUCAGGAAACGCAGGGAAAAACGCAAGAGACGCAGACAGAGCAGGAAACGCAGAAUAGAGAGCGGGGAACUGGAUGACCCAAGACCUUCUGUUCAGUGCAAGGAACGUCUCCUUUUCUUUGGAAACCUCGACACUUCCAUACCCUCUGAGGACACGGAUGACAACUUUGCUGAUCAUCUGCUGGCCACUGGGUCUGGGUGGUCCAGCAGCAAGAACCCUGUGGUGCGGAAGGCCGACGCUGCCAAGGUUCUGCGAGACUCUGCCUUCACCCCGCUGAGUAGCUAUGCAGGAAAAGCAUCGUCAGCAGUUAUAAACCGUGUCAACACCCAGGCAGAGGAGACACGGGAGGAUGAUGUACUGAGCAGCAUCCUGGAGAAACAGAGCAUCGUCCUCACCAACUCCAAGCAGCUCUCUUUAACCAGUGAUAGGAAGCUCAAGAAGGACGGUGAGAGAAAUGAAGCAGCAGAGUCUUUCAGUCUAGAGCAGGAAGAGCUCCCCCUGAUGUCGGAGCCCCUGCCAUCACGGAGACCCCCGCCAAAAGAUGGAGAGGGGAGCAGGAGUACAUCCCAGGAAGAUGACCGAAGGCACUCCAGCCCGCCAAGAGGACCUUUCCACUCCCGCUACGCUCACCACUCGUCCUACUCCCGGAACUCAAGUUAUGGGCAUCCGUUGCGGGGAUACGAACCCAACCGCAGAACACAAAGAGAGGAGAGAGUGUUCAGGGAAGAAAGGAUACAGAGAGAAGAGAGGCUAUCAGGUGCUGUCCACUACUCUCCCUUAGAGGAUAGACGUAGAUCCCCUCCCAGGCUGUCCUACCAACGCCAAGGACCUUCCUAUCAGUACAGGAACCAGAGGAAUUUCAAUCCCGACCACCGAAACCGAGAUCCUCCUUCCCACCGAGAUGAGAGGCCGAGGUAUCAAAGGAGCCCCCCCUGGAGAGACUCUGGCCACAGACAAAACCAAUCCGGUGAGUCACGUUGGGAGCGCCGGAACACAGAGUCAUCAGGCAGCAGUAGCAGGGAGCCAAGCAGUCAGGAGAGGCAUGGAAGGAACGGGAAAGACAGCAGUAGAGACUUAAAUUCACAUGACAAGUAUUCUCGCAGAAAUGAGGACAGUGAGAAGCACCCCAGGAAGGAGGAUGACAGGUCUAGGAAGGAGGACAGAGGGUACCACCGCCACCACCAUCACAGGGACCACUCAGACCAUAGAAGCUACAAAUCCUCAAGGGCAGACAGAGAGAGUCCGCCGUCCCAUUCUUCGCGGCGGUCACGGUCUUAUUCUAGAUCACCUGUCAGGUCAAGGUCUCCAAACAGGUCUAGGUCACCCUUCAGGUCAAAGUCACCUCUCCGGUCAAGGUCACCUAUUAGAUCCAGGUCACCAACGAGGUCAGAAGCAGGCUCCAGUUCAAGGGAAAUCCACUGCCGAGGUCAAGAGGAUUCCAGGAGGAGGAGGAAUGCCCACAAGCCAUCAAACGAGAGUGGAGCUUCACACAGAAUGAGCCUGAGCCCAGCACUGCCGGAGGAAGCCUCAACAGAUGACAAGCAACAGGGAAGUCAAAGAGAUACUUUAGAAUACGACUCCGUCUCUGAUGCCAAACUUUCUCCGCUUUCCUCCAAAUGUCAAGAACCUCCAGCAGAGUCACCAGUGAGUAUGUUUGAUGACACUGUUAAUAAAGAAAGGCCUGUGGAAGAUAAACUAAGCUCUCUCAAAAAUGAAGUUUAUGAAAGGGACAAAAGCAGGCAUCUUGAAGAGUCUCCUAAAGCUUCCAGAUGGAUGAAAAAAGAGUGGGAUGUGAAGCAGGCUGUGAGUGAUAUACAUUGUAAUAGCAGUGUAGCAGAUCAAAGACAUGUAACAAAAGGAAUGAACAGAGAGGAAGAGAAACCCACUGGUAGCUAUGAAGACAACAGUAGAUGUAUGGAUGAGAAUAAGGUGAAUGGCAGGAGGAUGGAAACUUCAGGUAAUUUGCUCAAGGAUGCCAAAAGAGGAGAUGAUAUGGUACAAACUAGCUGUAAGGGAGAACACAAAAGGGAUAAGCCUCACAAGGAUGUCAAAACUGAAGACUCGAGGAAAAAUAGAAAUGGAUAUGAUGCUCAUCCUCUCCUUGGUGGCGAUUGCAGUGAGGACACCGACAAGAAGCAACAGCAAGAUGAAGCUGAGUGUGCUGUGAAGGAAGAAAAUAAUUUGGAGAGGAAGAAGAGGAAAAGGUUGAUACCCGGAAUCUUAGGGCGGAUCCUCCCCUACACCCCGGAAGUGGAGCUGUCUCAUUGGGACGACGAGGACUCUUCCACAGACUCUCCUUCCCCUUUCAAAGUAAUUAAGAAAUCAGAUGCGGGUGAGUCUGACAAAUCCAUAACACUUCCAUUGUCACUGCAGAGACUUUUACCUGGAAGCAAAAGCAUUCUUGAAGGAAUCGACAACAAAAAUAAAACGUCCAAAGAGAAACCAAAACACAAGCCAGAUCCAGAUAGGAGAGAGGAGGAAGGGGGAGAUCCGUUGUGUGAUGAAGUUCUCAAGCCCAAACCUGAAGCUCACAAGUCAAAAACCGAAGCUCAUGACACGCAAAGGCCAGACAAAAGAGAUGGAAACAGCAUAAUCAAGAAAGAAAAGAGUUGUCCAUGGGAUAAGUCUCAUAAAAAGAGUACAGAAGGUCACAAGCCAACAAAGGCUGAUGCUAAGCUGCAUAAUAACAAGUCUAAGGAUGCUGUCUCAUCCCCAUCAUCUAGUCAAGGUUCUUCCUCCAGUGGAAAGAGUAAAGAAAAAUCAUCAGAAAAAGCCCCUGCAAAGGAGUCCCAUUCACUCAUUCCUCAGAGGAGAGACAGCUCAACACAUUCAGAUAGUAAAGAAAAAGAAAGAGACCACAAGAAAACUAAAAGUAGCUCUCACAUGCCCAGGCUUGCAGCCAGAACACCAGAGAAACACAAGGAGAAAAAAGAGUCUUCAGAGAAAGUUAAAAGCAUUGAUAUGUUUGGCGACAUCAGUGACAUCUCCGGCUCAGAGUCUGGCGAGGAUGAGAGGAAGAAGCCAGUGAAAGAGAGUUGUGUAGUAGCAAAAAAUCCUGAGAAACAAAAAGUUGCACAAGAAAAGAAAGAUGAGCAUCUGCACGGCAAGACAACGGGUGCACAUGGAUUAAGUGACACUGAAAUGAAAACAAUAAAAUGUGAUACUGUGCUUGAUAAAGGCCCAAAGGAGGAAAAUGUGGUGGCUCCAGGGUUGACCUCCUCACCACCUAAGACUGCCACAAAGUCAAAGAGCCCUGGAAAGAUAACAAAGAAUACAGGACUUAACAAAGACCAUGUCCUGGAUCUCUUUGGAAGCACCUCAGACAGUGAUGAUGCUGAGAGUCCUGAGGUGAAGUCCAAAGAAACAAGUGUACAAAAAACACCAGAGAAGCCACACAAGUCAUUGCCACUCAAGGGUAAUUCUGCUCACAGGAAAGCAAGGGAGAGUGCAGGCAGUGGUAAAGGAAAGGAGAGGAAGAGUGAACAGGGAACUACUCAUGAGAAGAAGGCAGUGGAGAAGCUUCCCAACUCUACUUCCUCAGAGUCACCAAAGUCAGAGUCUGUUCAGAGGAAUGGAAAUGAAACCACAGACAGUCACACGGGGAAAGACAGGAGUUUUGACCGGGAAAUUUCCCUGCACAAGUUAUCAACAGAGGAACAGUCCAAGCCCACUCCAGAGUCACCGAAGGCAGGAGUGCAGAAACACAAGAGUUCAAAAGAGCCUUCAGACAACCACAAGAGGAAAGACAGGAAAGGUGAACAGGAAAGUUCUCAUCACAAAAAGCCAUCAGAAAAGCCAUCCCAUUCCACAUCUUCUGAGCUGCCCAGAGGCAAUUCCAGUCACAAAAAGAAUAAAGAGGCAACAGACACCCAGAGAGAAAAAAAUAAAAAAUGUGAGAAAGAAACUUCCCCUCACAAAAAGUCAUCAGAGGAUGCAACACAAGGAGAAACUGAGGCCAAGAAAAGGAAAGAAACCACGGACAGCCAUAAAGAAGAGAAAGAGAGGCAUGCACAGGAGACGCCGAAAAAGGUUUCAGAAAAGCCACCCAAGGCCACGACUUCUGAGCACCAUGACAGCAGCUCUGAUCGCAGAAAGACAGAAGCCGCAGACACCCACAAUGAAGAGCCAUGGAAAGGCAAGACAAGCUCUCAGGCUGCCACGGAGGACUGCAAUAAAACUAAGAGCAGGGAUCCUGCUGAUAACAAAGGGAAGACUCACAGCAGUAAGGAGAGGAAGUCCAGCACUGAAGAAAAAAAUCUGAGAGAAAAAGACCUUACCAGCAAAACUGAAAGCAAGCAGUCUGCGGUGGCUGCCUCGUCCCUCCAUCCCACUAGUCACGCCUUGGACAAGAAGGAGAAGAAGGAGGCUGGUGACUCAUAUGCAAAGCAGCUGAAGGCCUCCCUGGAGCUGAAGGUGGUGACGGAGGUGAAGAGGUGGCUGGACCCGCACUACCGGGACAAGAACAUCACCAAAGACGAGUACAAGGAGAUCGUGGCCAAGUGCGUCAACAAGGUUGUGUCAGCAGAGUGUGGCGAUGUUAUAGAGAGUGAGAAGAUGCGUACCUUGGUGGAGGGCUACGUGAAGCUGUACAGACACCGGCGAGCCAAGCAGCAGCCGCCACCAUAAUUGUGAAUAUUGUUUAUGCUUUUCCUUUCCUAUGCCAAAGCAGAUUGUUUCCCUUAGUCACUAUUAUUUAAGUCAAAUUUAUAUUUACAACUUUAACAAUGGUAAAAAUAGACUUGCUUUGUCAUCCAUUGCAUUGUCUGUAAGGUGAUAAGCUUGAAGAAUGUUGUAAAUGUGAAUGAGAUGUAUUUAUCUGUUGCUAUACUAGUGAUUGACAGCUUUAUCUCACACAGAAUUCACUUUGUAUGCUCAUCCAAGGCAAGAGCAGCAACUUAAAACUCAGAAUUCACUAUUUCCUGUAAUUAAACAAGGUCACAGAGCCAUGAAGCUGGAGCCUCUGCCUAGCCAAGACCUCCUGACACCCAGCACCUGAGAGGCUGUGGAAUGAACGGCUGAAUGUUGUGUGGAUGGACACGACCCAUUUUAUUGGGCGAGAUAUUUUACUUCAUGACUCUUAACACUCCAUUAAGCAUGAGAAAUGUGCUCAGCAAUGAUUAUAUAAUAUUAAACUGGAGAUUAUUAAAUUUAUUUUUAGAACACAAGACAUUUCUAAAUAUUUGACAAGUAUAUAAACUACUAUGUGAUGAACAGAUAUAUACAUUCUAGUUUUUUUCUUUAGGAUUUUUUUCCUUGUUGUAUGUAAAUAGUAUUGUUAAGAUAUUAGACUGGAUGAUAAUAUAUGUGGUUCCUUAUUAUUAAUGAAUCAACUGUUUGUCUGCAAGUCUUGUUAUUGUGAAUGUAUUUAUUGAUUUUUAACGGUUUGUCAACAUAUGAGGCCCCGCAUGGAGGCGUAAGGGGAGCACCAAUCAGCAGGGUUCUGAGUUAGUCAUAUAUCAGUAUUUUGACUCCUACAAUCAUUAUUACCAUUAUUGUCAUAAAGGUUACCUGUCUGUUACUCCUGAUUACUAUGUGAUUGGUUACCCUUCUCCUCUACCACUCUACAUGAAAUUAUAUUUAUGUGUACAUUUUACGCACAGCACGUCAGUCAGGAUGGCAAAGGGUGGAGGAAGGUGGUGUGACCUGAACCAGGAUCAUCAUCACUCUAACAGUUACUGGUGUACUUUCUGAAUAUCAAUUUUUAAAAAUUAUUUCUUGUUUUUACGUUUUGGCCUCUGACGCCGGUGGGCUUUCUUGGUGGGGCCUGGUGGUCACUCCCAGCCUAUUGUGGUGCAGGCAAGUGUUUAUAAUGGUGCCAUCUUGCUUGGCUCAUGCUACCCCCUGGAGUUUAUCUUUGAUCUUCUUUUUGAGAGAAUCUAAAGUCUGGGUUGAUAGAUAGUCUUCAGGCCAGCAUGUGGGUGGUCACAGGCCUUUCAGUGAUGGCUGGAAAAUUGCCAGCUUGUUUGUCACAGUGGGCGGGACGUGAGCCUGCCUCUUCUUGUACACCGUGCCAGCACGCUCACCACUCAGUCACUGCAUCCCCAUAAGGAUCUGUUACUCUUCUUUAGCAUACUAAAUUGGUUUUGGUUGAUGUGCAAGCCACUCAUGAAAAAGUGUAAUUAACCAAACUGUUCAUAUUAACAUUAUUCUUUUCAUUUAAAAUUAUUGGUUUUGUCUUUAACCCUUUCCAUCUGUGAUGCAGAUAUCGGCGUCACAAUAUGGAAAGGGUCAAUCCUCCUCUAAAUUCCCCUUCCAUUUCCUCUGGCGACGCCAGAGGGAAGGGGUUAAUCAAGCUUUAAAAAAUAUGCACCUAGCUAUAGUAACAACUUUUAUAUGCAAACUUUACAAAUUUAUUAAAAAAAAUAGAAAUGUUGGUUACUCCUCUCCAUGUGGGGCCCUUUAUAUUGACUAGUCUUUCAAGCAUUAUGACUUGUCAGAAUGGAGCAUGUUGACUCUUGUGUGACCUAGAAAAGACACCUGUUACCUGUCCAGAUAUGAAGGUUGGAAAUGCUGGGUGCCUCCACCUUCCCUUCCACUACCACCACUUAGAAUGUAAGGUCUAAGAGAAGGCAGCUGGACACAAACAAAUAUUCACGAUGCACUUUCUUGUGAGAAAGGAGAAGUGCCUUAGCUUGGUUGUGCCUUACUUGCAAGGCUGUCUGCCUACUGUCUGGGAGGUAGCUCAUCAUUGCCCUUGGGUUAAUCUAGUUUCAGUGCUUUCUAAUAUUUCAUAAGAUAAAUUCAGUUGAUCGCUUUCACUUCGUUAGUGAUUAUCUUGAUUUUAUUUAAGUUAAAUAUAUAGACAACUGCUUAUACAUGUUUUGUUUUGAGCAAUAAUUGUCAUGGCUGUAUCUACACCAAUUGAAGUGUGUGUUUUAUUCUUUUUUUACAACACUGGUGCUGCCACACAAACAAGUACAUUUCAAAAUGCCAUUUUCCGGCAGGUUGGUAGUGAUGGCAUCCCUUGUAUCAGUUACUUUGUCAUAAUUGAUGGGAGCCAUAGGUUUUAUUUAAAGUCAAAAGCCUAUAUUUUGCAUAAUGUUAUGUGUGUUGGCACCACAGAAUAACAUUGUAUUUCUUAGGAAUUUGAGAUGUUUGUCUUUCUUUGAUGAUGUUUCAUAACAUUUUGAUGCAAUAGCUUAUGCGGGGAAAAAUGCACAAUAUUGGAAAUGUUUCUGUGGUUAGAAAUUAACUACUUAUAUUAUGUGCAGAGUUUUUAUGGAUGAAACUGUAAUAUGAUAUAGGGGUAGUACAAAGAAAUGUACAUAAUGUGAUAACAGUGUUUUGUCUGUCAAGC